AAUAAUGAAUCAGCUACCAGUCUAGACUGGUUCUGGAUAUACAGCGAAUGAGAAGGGGUACCAUCCUGUCCUUCUUUUCACUCAGAAUCUAGUAACUGAUGAGUGUAGGCAAACGACAAUCAAACCAGUCUGUGGUUUGGGUCUGGCUUGAGGCUUACUGGCUAUUCCUGGGCUAUGGCUUAAGUCACAAAGGAUGAGAUCAACACCCACACCAAACUCCCUCUUCAGGGCUUCAGGUCCCUUAACCCUCACCCCCUCAGGGGCCAAUGGGUCACAAGUGGGCAAGGAAAAAUUAAAUCAUCAUGCAGUUUGCCAGCUUUAAAAAUGAAAGGGACUGAUUAAUGGGUGACAAAAUGUCAAGGUUUCAGAAAAAGCUGACUCUUUUGUAUAUGGGAAUCUGGUAGAUGAUGAUUUCUUAGCAUUUUCCCCCCUGUUACUUUUAGUUUAGACUUCAGCUCUGAUGGAUUUUGCCAGCGGCCUAGACUGCACGCAAGGACUAAGACACAGAUUCAUGAAAUGCACAGUCAAGUCUGAGGCUGGACUAACUUCUCACACCAGCGUUAAGCAGGACAUACACCACGGGCCCAUGGAUGGGUUCCCAGGAAGAGAUGGCCACGUGGCUCACCAAGUAGGUGAACAGCAGAAGUGGAGGAAGUGCAUCAAGGGGGCCUUCAAUGUUAUGAACACCACAGGAUCUCAGAAGCUGCAGAAGAAAAGCACCUCUUUUCGUUUCAAGCUUUCAGAUUCUGGUGGUAGAUUCUGGGAAGAGCUGUCCAUUCAACCUGAUUGUAGUAUGAACUCUCUUCAUGACAGAAGCUAUCGAAGGACUAGCUCUCCUGUCAUCCAUCUGAGUGAAGAACUGCCAGAGGACGAGUCUCCAGCUUUUCAAAUGCCAGCAACACAAGUCUCUCCAUCAACAAGAAGACAGCAAGAUAUUGAGAUGGAACCCACCCAUGCCUUCGAAAGAGCCAAUGGAAACCUCUGUAGGGAGGCUGGGCUGAAUCUGCCUCAAAGACUUCACAAGAGCUCCGAACCUCUUCACAGUUUUGAUGCUUUUGCAGAAGCCUUGGGGCUGAUCCCGGACUCUUCCCUACUCAUGGAUGUGGAGCCUUCUGAAACUGCAGACCUCACCCCGAAUGCACUGCUGGCUCUUCUGCCACAGCCCCUGCUGGCAGAAUCUGAUGGGGACGUCACCAUGGAAGAUGAAACGACCAUCAGGAAGACUAAAGAGAUACCAGUUCUAGAGCGGGUCGGGGAAACCCUGCGGCAAAAGAAGUUGCGUGCGACCCAGGCUUGAGUGACGCCGAAAGGAAUCUGGGCUCUUUUUUACUCUCUGCGAAUGCUUGACUCUGCUGAGCGCAAAUGGAUUUUCACAGCCUUACAAAUAGACAUGUUUAAACAUAAUUCCGGUGAAAUAAAACAUAAGUUGCAGAAGAAGUUGCAGAUAUUAUUUGAAAUCUCCCCCUUCCCUAUUUUC